CACGCGGAAGCUGCGUCUGGUCUUUUAGUUUACCACAGUGACGGGUAAAAAAUAGAAAGUAACGUUACCUGUAAACUAACUGUCCUUUGAACGUUUGUAAAAUGGAUAGAGUUUCUACAAAAGACAAAGACAACAUGAUAACUCCAAAACGAAAACGUAAUGAAACUACAAGCGGCAAGAUUCCUAAAAUGGAUGAUAUCAGCUCUGAGUCCUGCCUCGAUCAACCAGCCGAUGAAAGUGUUCAUGAAGUAGUAACAUUCGAGCCAUCCACGCUGCCAUCAGUCCACUAUGAUCCUGACACAACGGAGCCCAUCAGCUGCAGUCUGAAGUCUCUCGAUGAGCUGCUGUCAUGGAAAAGAAAUGAAGCAAGUAUAUUUAAUGUGUCCAGUGUGCCUCUGGCUAGCAGGUAUCCUCCAUUCGAAAGCUGCCCAAGAAGGACAUUGGUGUCCCAUGACAUGAUGGGAGGCUAUCUGGAGGACAGGUUCAUUCAAGGUGCAGAGGUAGAGACUCCAUAUGCCUUCUAUCACUGGGAGUAUAUUGACAUCUUUAACUACUUCAGUCAUCAGAUGGUAACCAUUCCUCCUGCGGUCUGGACCAAUGCAGCACACAAGCAUGGAGUGCUCUCUAUUGGCACAUUUAUCACAGAAUGGACAGACGGAGCAAAGACAUGCGAGGCCUUCCUUGCCGAUGAGGAGAGUUACCGUGCAGCUGCUGACAAGUUGGUUCAGAUUUCCCACUGCUAUGGCUUUGACGGCUGGCUCAUAAACAUAGAAAAUGUGCUGAGUGAGACCGCGGUGAAUAACACUGGCCCCUUUCUGCGCUACCUCACUGACCAGAUGCACGAGCGUGUCCCAGGCAGUGUGGUCAUCUGGUAUGACAGUGUACUGAAAGACGGCAAGCUCCUCUGGCAGAACGAGCUCAAUGACAACAACAGAAUGUUUUUCGAUGCUUGUGAUGGAUUUUUCACGAACUACAACUGGACAGAGCAGAGCCUGGAGGGAAUGAAGUCUUAUGCCGCUGCUCAGGGACGCUUUGCUGACAUCUAUGUCGGUGUAGAUGUGUUUGCAAGAGGGAAGGUGAUCGGAGGGAAAUUUGAGACCAAUAAGGCUCUGGAGCUGAUUCGGAAGUAUGACCUGUCGACAGCCAUCUUUGCUCCUGGUUGGGUGUAUGAAUGUCAUGAAAAGGUGGAUUUUCGGCAAAACCAAGACAAGUUUUGGAGCUUGCUGUCUGAUUUCCUUUAUAUCCACCGACCGACAUCCAGUCUUCCGUUUGUUUCCUCAUUUUGUCAAGGAUUUGGGAAGAGCCUGUACUGGAGGGGAAAGGUUGAGACAGAGAGGAGCUGGUUCAAUCUGCAUGCUCAGGAGAUCCAGCCUCUGUAUCUCUCGGAGAGCAUGGGGAACGGCGGCUGGCUGAGGACCCGUGGCUGCUCAGAGGAUGCCUGGAUUGGAGGAAGCUCUCUAAUGCUGGAAGGCAUGAUUCCAUCUGGACUUUCUGAUGUCUGUGCGAGGAUAUUUUCUCUACACGUUCCUCUGGCUGCCAGGACGUUUGUCUCUUUUAUCUUCAAGCCACCCGUGGGGGUAAAGGUGUCUUUGGAGCUCAAAACAAUAGACGGUCCUCUGUGCACAUUUGACGGGACAGAGGAAAUAGCAUCUAGAAGUGUCUUUCCUGAAGCACUAGCUGAGAGCAACCAGUUGGUAGAGCAGUUUGCACAGAAUUGUGGACAGUGGACUUCAGAUGGCUGGGCUACCAGAUGUUUCCUGUUAAAAAUGAUUGGUUGCUCAUUGCGAGAAGUGUGUAUUCGCGUUUCCCGAGAUGGAGGAGAUCAAGACAUCAACUUCAACUGCAGGAUUGGAGAGAUUAUGCUGUUGGAUGCAGAUAAUCUUCAAGCGCCGGUGCAGUCAGUUGAAGGCAUCUGUGUCAAUGAUGUGGUGUGGCAGACGGGUGUUUUAAAAGGAGACGGACACACACUGAAGGUACUUUUAAAUGCCACAUUGCGAUGGCAAUAUCCCACCCGGCAGGUCCGCCAUUUCCGGAUUUAUUGGAGGCAUCUGCGUGGUCCUGACCCUCGAAUCCCUUCUGGAGCCUUGACUCUGAUCGGCAGGUCUUACGCCACCCUGUACCGCGUGGUGGAACUGGAGGUUCCUGCUGCUCCGGGUCUCAUAGAGCUGGUGGUGGAGCCCGUCAGCAGAGAGGGGUUCAGUGUGCCAGAAGCCCAGUGGGGCAGACGGACCCUCAGCUACAGCCAGAGUCCUUCAGGCAACCCAUCUCAUUGAUCAAAAACAUGUAAAGGGAGACUUUACCAAAAAAAACUGAAAUUUGCUCACCGUCAGGUCAUCCUUUUAUUUCAGUAGAACUUUAAUGAAGGUUUUUAAGCUUAAACUGUGGUUCUUGGUGAUUCAUAAAAUAUGUCACCGGCUACCAGAAAUAAACAAAACAUAAGUAAAAA